AUGAACUUGCUUUCCAAUGCAAGCCAUACUUCUUUCAUAACACCGCCGCAGUGGGCAGCGCCGCCCACCGCCUCUUGGACAACUGAAGAGAUCAACAUGAUCCAAGAAAUAUUCCUGUCUGAUGAGAACACCAUCCAGAUCCAGGAUAUCUCUAUCUAUGGUGACAAGCAGUCGGUCGUCGAAGACUCGGUCGACACCUCCAUGGAGCAGGGAACCGACACCACGAGCAUGCUGCUGUCCCCCAUCGGUGCAGACGAUGCCUUCCUGGAGCAGUUCAUGGUGGACGAGAAGGCCGCCAUGACCGCGUUUUUUCUCGAGACCAUCGACCCUUUCAAGAAUGUCGCCGUGGUGCCCGAUUACAAAGAGCAAGAACCCGUUUCCGCAGCAUCAGCAUUGUCAGCUGGAAUCAGCCUAAGCGACGGUCGGCCUGUCGAUUACGUACUGGCCAAGCUGCGCACCAAAGUGGACACACUCAACAGCAUCUAUUACUCGCGCUGGAUGAAUGUGUCGGGUGCAAGCAUAAAAAAGAUCAAGCUUGUGCUCGCGAUCGAGAGGCUGCAGCGUGUUAUCCAAGGCCUUUCCAAGGAGAAUGCCCAGCUCAAGAUAGACACGACAAGUUGUGCGCAACGAUGUGAACUGCUGCUUUUGCAAGAAAACAGCAACGGUUGUGCCGAAUUAGAGCACCUAAGACAUUUGAUCGAGGAAUCAAUAUGUGCUGGAGCCGUGACAGACGGCAUGAACGUGGCGCUGAACCACACUAUGGACGGUGAAGUUCUUAAAGAUCAUCAGGGUGAGCACGGUUGGGGGUACAAGAGCGUCGUAUCUUUGGACGGCGUUUUCACCUACAGUCUGUCGAAAGAGUACCCCAAGGAGGUGAACAUGCACGAAAUGAUGCAGAAGUCGUGGGCCAGUGUGAGUAGCUCCGAGAACGUGUCAAGCAUCUACUAUGGCGCGAUCAAGGCACAGCUUGUGAAGAAAUUUGGUAAGGAGACUGUUAUCAUGUAUGAUAUUGCCAACUACGACGCGACUCGCGUGGACCGCGUAGUUGCUGUGCUAUUCCGAGUCAAGACGCUGAAUGGAUUUCUUUUGGGUGUGCGCUCACUUGAUGUGCCGCUGACCGCGACGUCCGAGAAUAUCCGCCAGAUGGAUUGUACAGUGUGGCAGCGGUACGAAUACAAAGAGGACGGUGGUUUUUUGGUCACUUCUUGCGGUCACCUCUCGUAUCCUUCUCGAGCAGAUAUUAACUUCAUGGCAAUGGAGAUUCUGUGUCUGCAUUUGCGGUGGGAAAGCCGUGUCGUGGGCUUGCAGUUGAUGAUGAGCUAA